UUACGAAAGAGAGCCUGCAACCCGAAAAACAGCUGGUCGAUCGAGUAGUGCGUGCGUGCGAAAGAGAAGAAGUGAACUUGUGUGAGUGAGAAGGAAGUGUAAAAUGCUGACUGCUAAAUGCCGGCGGCCUUAAAAUUGUAAAACAAAAUUUUAGUUCACGGUCAUAAUAUCGUCAAAAGAAAACCAAAAACAUCCAAUAAAAUGGAACAUGAGAUGGAUGUGGAUGUAGCCGAUGCCGUGGCGGCGUCGAACUUGCUGCAGCUCAUCAAACAGCUUCUGCUGGAAAAAGCUUACGACGGCGUGCGAAUGUUGUUCCAAAGUUCCCAGGAAGCGGAAAGGACCACCCGUCUAAUGCCCCACAUCGCCAUGGAUCUCUACCACGACGUGUGCUCCGGAAAUCUUACCGACGAGGUCAACUCCCUGGAGCCGGAGCUUUUCGACUGCUCCGACGAGCUGCUCAAGCUGGUUGCAAAGUUUGCUCCUCUGCAGGAGCUCAUGUUGGAACUGAUGGAGCGACUGGAGGAGAGCAGCAGCCUCAAUGUGUUUGGAGCCCUCUUAAGAGCACUCCAAGUGGUCCUGCAGCGACAGGGUCGCGAAAAGCCGCAAGCAGUGGAAUGGAGCCUCCAGAGCGUCUUCACCCGGCUAAGGGAGUUACCCCUGCCCAAGUACCUCUCCGAGGGCUACGAUGAAGCUCAAGCGCGUCUAAUAGAGCAGAACGAGCAGGUGGAGGACCUGUUGGCCCACUACAUCACCGUGGGAAUCUUUCGUCAGCCGCUCUUAAGCGAAAUGCUACAGCAGGACGUUAGGAGCUCCAGUGAAACCUUCAAAGAUUGCGCUCUUAACCGGCGCAACAUACUAACGUGUUUCUUUAUUCAACUCAUGGGUCGUCCGCUCGCCCUGCUGGAGAUGAGCCAUGUCAAGGAGGACCUCACACGCACCUAUGUGCAGCAGGUGACGGAGAGCCUAAGCCAGGAUGCUAGCAAGUGCUUGGGGGAUCCCUUCUACCUGCUCAACCUCGUGGAACAGCGCGCCAGGUGGCAGCGCAAGCUGGAUGCCCAGAAGGGCGUGUACGAGAUGAGCUGCCGGAAUGUCUUUCUCAUCGAGGAGAAGCUGCCGCUGCACGCUGUGGCCAUGUACUACCACUCGCUCUUUGUGGGCAACCAACUGCCCACCAACGUGCCCAAGGUAUAUGCCCCUCUGUUCCUAUUUGAGUCGAUUGUCUACCUGUCGGAAGUGCUGCUUAAACAGCAGGAACCUCCACUACAGUAUUGCGGCCUCCGAUUAGUGGAGCACCUCUUGAGCACCCUGGCGGAUCCAGUGCCCACCAGUUCCCUGCAGCUAGAUGUCCACAAGCGCUUCUGCGAGGCCCUUUGCAAGAUUGUGGGCUACUCACCGCAGGUUGCUCUUCGGCAGCUGGGACUCCAUGUGCUGCGACAGUAUAUACUGGCGUUCGAUGACCAAGGAAAGUACAUCAUCCUCAAGAACCUGCUGGAGACGCUGCAGCACGACGGACUGAUGGGGUACCUGGGAGGGAUGUACAAGGAUCUGGUGGAUGAGGCCCUGAAGGAACCUGAUCCUUUGCCUGAAGCGUACAGUGGCAAGCAAUUUCGUGAGUUGCUACUGCUAUGCGUCUGUGUGCUGCCCCAUGACGUUAAAUCCGACCUUCUCCUGCACGCUGAUCGCCUGUGUCACGCCCUGAAUAUCCUGCGAUACUUUGCUGUGCGGGACAAAACGGAUCUCACUGGAUUCUGGCAGGCUUUGCCGGAGAUUGUGACAAGACUGCUGGAUCCCCUGGGAAAAGCGUUGAACUUCUCGAUGGCCCACUACAAGGCGUACAAGGAUCGGGUGGAAAAAGGCCAGAGUGCCUCGGACGAUGAGCUUAUGCAACGCCAGCUCAACAUGCUGGCCGUAAACAUAACCAACAGCGGGAUGGCUGGCGGCGAGGGAGACAGUCGUCUGCCGGAUAUUGGACGCCAGGAGAAGCUCGAAGUGCUGGCCAGUUCGAUCACCAGCCUGGAAACACUGCAAUCUUUAUACUUGCGGGCCAGCGAGAUCCUCGAGCAGUCCUCCCGCCAGCGUCGAAACGCCAAUCCAUCGGAAGCUUAGAUCAUAUUUUCGGUCCACAAUGAAAGCGAAAUGAUAACGUAAACUUUGUGUGUAAACAAAACUAAAAAAGAAAACGAAACUGAAACUGAAA